AUGGGGCGUAAGCGCGGAUCUGGAACAAAGAUGCCCGCUGGAGGAAGAACGAUGGAGUUGGCCGGAGAAUCAUCCGACAGUAGAAGCCGCAGCAGUGAUAGCGGAGGACGUUCAGAAUCCGUCACGCCGGUGCAGGAAAUUUUGCUGUCCAAUGUUGGCCGUGGUCGUAAAAGGGGCAGAGGUGCGGGUCGAGGCGGACGUGGACGAGGUGCACGGAGUAGUACAAUCAUGCAGAGCGUGGAAACGCCCGUGUCGCAAUUAACCGGAGAACACACUUUCGGUGACGGUGAUGACCAGAUGGUGGAAAUGAUUGAGAUAUUGGACGAUGAGACGAGCAAAUCACUCGAAGGAAUGGACGAACAUGAUUCGGUUGUUGUGCAGGAAGAGAUCACGACUGGAGCGAUAUCGGAGGAAGUGCAGCUGCUAGAUUGUGAAGCAAUUGAAGGUGAGACAAUUGUCAUUACAGAGGAGACCGUAGUAGACGAUGGAACUAAUAGAACGGUAUUGGUGGACGGAGAAACGUUGGUGUACAUCGAGGACGAGACUGCCAGUGGUGAAACCGACGCAGCAGACAGUGCUGCCGGUACGAGGAAAUCGAAAAGGCAGGUAAAGGCAACGAACAAAUUCCGCGACUUUGUUGUGGAUGCUCUCCUGCCGAUGAAUCAGCCCGUGCGUACCUAUUCCAGCGUCAAGUCACCGAAAAGAGUGCCGUCGAUAAGUGGAGUACAGCCAGGAACAAGCAAACAGCACCGAACGUCCAUUCCAAACGUAACGCCGUAUGAAGUGGUCAGCGAUGUAACACCGACAACAUCUGCGGUUCGUGUGGGAUCGACGAGUGCCAAAAGGGGUAGAAAAAAGCGAUCGGUCGUUAAUACCAUACUGGAUAUAGCAACCGUUGAUCCAACCGAUGAGACCAUUCAGCUCCCGCAGCCGGAAGAGAGGAAUAACACAUUAAUCUCACUCCGGAUCGAUGGAACAGUGUUUGGCGAUGACGAUAGUAUACAUAGCUCCAGCUCGCAGGAACUCAGCGAAACGACCCUUCCCGUGAGCACCGGUGCAAAGGGUAGAAAGCCACGGGGAGGUUUGACAAGCAGUGAAUCUGAACGUCCUGCUGGUUCUACGUUCAUCAGACGAUCGUAUAAAACUUCUCACGCUGCAAACUCUCUUUUAGAUGCGAAGUUGGAUGAUUCUGCUGCCGAUAUGGAGUCGAUGAUAUUUGAAGGCAAAGAUCACCAAACGGCUAGCGUUCUUGAACCGGUUGUAGAUGAUGACGAUGUAAUUGUGCUGCAAGCUGAUGAAAUUAUCAACGAUUCGUUGGAGAGACCGACGUCCGGUAGAGGUAGUCGGGGCGGACGUGGUAGUCGUGGAGGACGUGGAUCGCGGGGUGGUCGCGGUAGUCGCGGAGGUCGAGGAAGCCGUGGAGGACGUGGAAGCCGGGGAAGAGGAGCUACCAGAGGAGUAGGAACAAGCAGAAGUAUUACUAACGAUGAAUCGUUGGAUGCGGGUGGGGUUGCUGAUGUAGCACCAGAUGAUACAGCAUUGUCGAAGAAGGAGUCUGCAGAGAUUGUGACUGUUGCUAUGGAAAAUGUUCUCGAGUUACCUCAAGCUCAGAGUGUAUCGAUUGUAUCAAUGGAUGAACAGACUUUGAUGCAAAGUGAACCUAUUCAACCCUCACUAAGUGAUGGUAUCCAAGCAAAAGAAACUGCCGAUAAAGUGUAUCCCUCAAUCGAGCCCCCAAGUGUAUCCCCCAAAGUGUCUUCAAAGGUCACAUUUGUAGAGCCUGAGGCACAGGUUGAAAGUGCAAAUAUCGAGAAGUGUAUCGAAGAAGAGGUUAGCUUAUCUCGGUCAUUGCCAUCAGACGAUCAACUGGACCAUAUUAAGUCUGAAAAAUCAAUGGAAGAACAAAAGUCAGAUGAUGUAACAAAAAUAGAAUCAGAUGCACACGAUCUGACAAAAGAAAGACAAACUGUAAAUCAAUUAUCAUCGGAUCGGGUCAUCGCUGGGGAUGGAGACAAAUGUGAACGAGAGGAUCAUUCGCUUAAACAAGAAGUAACCAAAAAAGAAAAGCGAGAACAGGAGACGAAGCCGAGUGAUGUGGGAAUAGCAAAAAAGAGCCCAGGAAAAGAACGGUUGUCAAAGGAUUCACCUGCUAGCAAAGACAAACAUCGUUCAGAAAAAUCCACUCAUGAUGAGGAACGUCCACGCGACCCUCGUAAAAAGGAAAAGAAGCGAGUGGACGAGGAUAGUCGUAAGAGAACACAUUCGAAGGAACGCAAUGAUGAUAAACACGAUCGACGUCACGGAAACGAUUCGGGACGUACAAAAGAUGAUCGAAAAUUAAGCUUCGAAAAGGUAUCUUCGGAUAAAUAUGGUGCGGAGCGAGAAGCGAAUGUAAAUAUGUCAACGAGCGAAGAGAAGGCUAAAAAGAAACAUGGGGACAAGAAAUCAACCGAAACAACAGUUAUUGCGGAACCGAAGGAUACGAGCGGUUCAGCAGAAAGCACCUCGAACAGCAAGAAACGUUCCUCGGUGGUUCCACCGCGUCCGGAUAAACCUAAAAAAUGCUUUGAAUCGGAACUGAUCGCACUGGAACUGCAACCAAUAUCGCGUAAGACGACCGAUGAUUCUCGCCGACGCGGAGAGACUAAAGAACGCGAUGACUCUUCGUCUUCAUCUUCAUCGCAUCGCAAGGAACAUAAGCAUAGCAAGCACAAGAGCCCGAAGUCAUCAUCCUCCUCCGAAAUGAUGCCGCGUAAGUUGGAGUUUGGUGCGGGCGGAAGUAGCAGCAACCAAAAAUCAAAUCGUCCGAAGGCAGAGGAAGAGAAACAUCGUGCCGAAGCGGAUAGGGAACGUAGUCGGAAAAGCAUUUCCGGUGGUUUUUUGCAAGAGGAAACCCAUCGCGAUCGUUCGCUAACGAAGAAAUCCAAAUCGAAAGAUAAAAGAGAUUCAUCCAAAUCGAAGAGCGUCGAAGUUCCUGUGGAAAAAGCUACUGCUUCGGUAGAGAAACGCGUUAUAGAAAGUCCGCAUAAGAAAAUCGAGGAACAAACUGUUGCGCUAGCACCUGAUAAUAUCCCGAAUGCAAAGCAGCUCGCUGAUAUUCAUAGAACAUCUCCCGAAGCGCCCAAAAUCGUCACAAAAGCAUCAUUAAAGAUGUACAAAAUGGAGGAAAUCGUAAAGGCAACCGUAGAAACAGAUCAGGCGCCGCCACCAUGCUUAACAAAGUCAGCAGAAAAAGCAAUACCUGAGAUGGUCGAAAUGAAGGAAGAGGAGAAAGAAAUAAUUCUUUCGCUGAAAGAAGAACCACCAGCCAUUGAGCCGGUGUCAGUAGAAAGUAGAGUAGAGUCAGAAGAAUUGAAAUAUCCCAUCACAACCAAAGCGGACAUAGAGGAGGAAGAAAUAUUCAGUGAGGCGGAAACACUACGCUCGGAUUCGAUGGCAGGAUUGUCGGACAACGAAGGCACCUUCCUUUCCAGUGGUGGUUUGCCAUCAGAAGAUGACUCCGGUGUUCGUAGCAGUGCUAGUUCUCCGUUUGAGUUGAUGUCCUGCGAAGAAACGACUCCAGCUAGUAGUGGGGCAGUACCAACGGUUCAAGCAGUUCGCGAUCAGGACCGUGACUCACAGCGAGUCGACAAGGUACGAUUAGUGGAAAGUUACAUUGAUGAUGGAGUUAUCCGCCGCUCUACACGUAUCAAGACGAUCAGCUCGCAGAAACAACGCACGAGUGGUCAUGGUUUGGUGCGUGAUAAGGACAGAUUAAUGAAGAAAUCGAAUAUUUCGAUUGGAUAUGACGCGUAUGCAGCGCCAUCUGGCGGUAUUAGCGAUGUAGGAUAUUCGAUGGGGGAGCUGGGAAUGCAAGGCGGGCAGCUAGUGCCGGGUGGUGGCGCUGGUAGUGCUAGUGGUCCAGCUUGGCCCGUCAUUGCCAACGAAGGGGAUAGUGUAAAUGUCGAACUUUCGGAAGAAUAUUUGCGCGAUAUGGAAGAAAAGCUGAGUCGAUUCGAGACGAUACGCGAGAAUAUCUAUCACAGCGAUCGGAUUGUGAGUAAGGAAGCGAAAAAGAUGACCUGUGAUUGUUUUCUCACGUCGGAGGAGAUCGAACGGGGUGAACACGGGUGUGGAGAGGACUGUCUCAAUCGGUUGCUGAUGAUCGAGUGUGGAUCACGCUGUACGGUUGGAGACCGGUGCACAAAUCGUCGGUUUCAGCGACAGGAGUACGCUCACUGUCAGGUGUUCCGCACGGAGAAGAAGGGCUUCGGCAUACAGGCGAGUACACCGAUCGCACCUGGUGAGUUCAUCAUGGAGUACGUGGGGGAGGUAUUGAACAGUGCGCAGUUCGACGAACGGGCCGAGGUAUACUCGCGUGAAAAAAACAAGCACUACUACUUCAUGGCACUGCGGAGCGAUGGGAUCAUUGAUGCCACCACCAAGGGCAAUAUCUCGCGGUUCAUCAACCAUUCGUGCGAUCCGAACGCCGAAACGCAAAAGUGGACUGUUAACGGUGAGCUGCGCAUCGGUUUCUUUUGUACGAAAUACAUCCUGCCCGGUGAGGAGAUCACUUUCGAUUAUCAGUUUCAGCGAUACGGACGCAAGGCGCAAAAGUGUUACUGUGAGGCGGAAACCUGCCGCGGUUGGAUCGGCGCGAAACCAACCGGAGAGGGAGCAGAUUCGGACUACGAAGAGGUUGACGAUGAUGAUGAAGAGGAUGAGGGUGAGGAAGAGGACGAGAGCGAAGAAGAAGGCGAAGGUCAGAAGCAUGAUCAGGAUGGAACGGCAGCCUUAGAUGGGCCAACGGUUCAAUCGGGUGGUAAAGCCUCAAAAAGUGCUCUUGUAACAGCGAUUAACGAACGAGGGGACGGAUUAAAAUCUGAGCUAGAAUCGGGCAUUGGAUCGACCGCGGUAGCAGCCACGGCGCUGCCAGUGAAGGCGAAAAAAGCGCGCAAGAAACGCACAACGAUUCGCAAGAAGCGUCGUCUCGAAAUCCACGAGGAUCCAGAUCUGGAUGAAGAAAUUAAUAAUCUGCUAAAGACGGGACUCAAGAACCAAGCGCACACGCUUAAACUGUCUCGAUUGAUGGUGCGCGCGAAGGAUAUCAAAUCGCGCAGCAGACUGCUAACGUUGCUUCAGAGCGGUGAACUACCUUGCCGUCGUCUGUUCCUUGAUUACCACGGGUUACGAUUACUGUACGGUUGGAUCUGCGAGUCAACCGAAUCGAUCGAAGAUCUCAAGUUCCGCAUACAAAUUUUGGACACACUAGAUGGGCUGCCCAUCUCUAACAAGACGAUGCUGAAGGACAGUAAAAUACUGCACACUGUAGAAAAGUGGGCCCGUGUAGAGAAAGGAAAACAUCCGGUCGGACCCAUAGAACCAAAGGAAGAACCUGUGCCGAUUGCGCUGACGGUUGAGAAGAGCGAAAAGGAAGUAUCGCGUACUAGUUCACCGAGUGACAAUAGUAAUGGGGCGGGAAGUGAUAGCAGCAACCAGGCAGCAGCCGACAGACAACAGCAAGCAUCGAAAAAGGACGUGCUUGGAAGUGUGGAGGUACUGAAAAACAUGCCCGAACUGUUGAAGCUGGCUGAUUUGGGGAAGUUGAAAGAGAUUAUCAGCACGUGCGAUAAGGAGGUGGAAAAUAAGGAGAAAGCAGCUGCUGCGGCCGCCGCGGCUGCUGCAGCAGCUGCGUCAACCGCAUCAGAUUCAAUUGCCGCUAGCGUCCUGCUGUCGGACAUCAAGAUCCCCGAACCGGAAGACGAGAAUGCGCCGGAAGAGCAGCGUCUUGGCACGCAGAUUCGUAUUCUUUGCUGCAAGCUGCUGAUUAGCUGGAUGAACUUGAAGGAAGUGUUCCGCAUUCCGAAGAAGGAACGUAUCGAGCAGAUGAAGGAGCACGAACGGGAAGCGGAUAUGCGGUACCAGGCAUUGGGAUUGGAAAGUGAUGAGAAGGAUGACAAGCACCACCGUCAUCGGGAUAGCCGUGGAUGGGGCGACAGCCGUGGAUUGCGUGGAAGUGAACCCAAACGGCGUCGCUCACUGGACGAUCGCGAUGGUCCGUAUGGGUUGAACAGUAAGCUAAAGAGACCGCCCCCGGGUGUGCCCGGUGCGGGAGGCUAUAUUCCACUCAAACAGGACAACCUGUCCAAGCAGCAACGGCGGCAUCUAUUCGAGAUGAAAGUAGCCCAUGAGGAGGCGGAAAGGCGCAAAAAGGAGAUGUGGAUGAUGCAUGAGAAUGCAUGCUUACGAUUCGGGCUGAAUCCGCACAUGACCGUACCGAUGGACAUCCCGGUGCGCAUGAACCCGGCUACCGGUGAAUACUUUUCUGAGGACGAUCGUCUGCUUCCGACACCACCCAGCCAUGCGUACUUCAAGAUCCAACCACCGCCGAUGUCGACGAAUCCGGACGAUUAUGAGCUGCCUCCGAUGAAGUUACCACCCUACUGGCGCUUUGCGAUUGAUCCAUUUGGUCGGAUUUAUUACUUUCACGUGAAGGAGCGCGUCCCGCAAUGGGAACCACCAAAGAAGCCGGGUCGAAGCCGGGUGGGUGCCUUUGCCGACGAGGACUUUUCGAUAAGCUCGGACUCUAGCACGACCGACACGUGUGAUUCGAGCGAAGAGGAAUUGGCCAUACAGCUGGAACAGUUGCUGAAAAAGAAACGCAAACAGCAGUCUAGUUUUAAUUUAGAUGAUGUUUUAGCGAAACCGGACGACAUGAAUGACGAUAUGUCGAAGGUGUCAGUGAAGCGCGAAUCCGGCGAAGGUUCACCGCAGAUGCUAACGCUGGAGGAGAUAUUUGGGGAAACUACUACGAACACCAGCACGCCCGAUGAAGCCACCUUGCAACAGCUGCUUCCAAGGAGGAAAAAGAAACACAGCACAAAACUGGUACAGGCGCGCAUCAUUAGUCCCCGAACGGAGGAGGACAAGCAGUAUGGCCAGAUGGAAAUGAAGCGGUAUAAAGAAACGAAGGAAAAGCUGCGCAAACGUAAGGAAGAAGCGAAGCGGUUACGGGCUCGAAGCGUGUUCUCCAAAUCACUUGCCGAUAAUCCGUUUGGUGGUCCGCUGGACAAAGCAUCGCUGGCAGCGAGUACGACAGCGACGGAUGUAGCCGGUAGCAGUGGCAUCGGUGUUGGCGUAGGUGUCGCCGGUGAUGGUUCGCUGAUGGACGAUGAUCUUGUCGUUUCGCACAAGAUCGUCGAGGACAAGUGCAUCGUGGAUGAGCUUGAUAUACUGACCAAAAAGAAAAAGAUCUCACCGUACGAAGAGUGGAAGAAGGUACAGCAACGGCUGGGCAAGAAGCGCAAAUCAGCAGAAGAGACGAGCGAGAGUGCGGUUGGUAGUGGUGGUGGUGGUAGUGGAGGAGGAGGCGGUGCAUCUUCUAGUGGUGUGGGAGGAGUGACACCUGUGCAGAGUACCGAUGGCUCAAGCACAUCCGCCGCGGCGUUGGCCAAGCUGGCGAAACGUAAAAAAUCGAGUAAGGGUGAUUUGAACAGUGAGGAAGCGAAGAAAAUUAAGGAAAAAUUCCGUGUCGACAUUGCCGGCGUGAUUGUGCAACACCUCAGCAGCUAUCGGAAGGACAACUGUCCGUUGGGUCGUAUCACCAACACGGAAGAUUUCAAGCAUCUUGCACGAAAGCUAACACAUUUCGUAAUGUUGAAGGAAUUAAAGCAUUGUGACAAUACUGUGCACGAACUAGAGGUGACGGAUUCCGUUAAAACGAAGGCCCGCGAAUUCAUCAAGAAGUACAUGGCCAAACAUGGCCCGAUUUACGUUCGUGGUGAAAACGAGCCGGAUUACUCAAAUGUAGCACUUUAA